AUGGCAGCUACUAGUUUCUCCUUGCCGACAUUCCCGCCAUUCGAUGUCCAUGCCGACAGAAAUACUGGUCAUCGCUGGAAAAAAUGGCUAGGCCGCUUUGAACAGUUGCUUGUGGCGAUGAAUAUUACCGACAAAAAACAACAACGUGCGAUGCUAUUACAUUUCGCAGGACCGGCUGUUGACGAAAUUUUUGACACCCUUUCAGACACUGGCGAAGCGAAAGACUACGACAAAGCGAUAGAAGCACUCAAUGCCUAUUUCAUUCCGCACGUAAACACGGCGUUUGAAGAAUAUAAUUCCCGCCAAGCGAAGCAAAACCAAAGCGAAACCCUAGAUGCCUUUCAUACACGUUUACGUCAGCUAUCGCAAAAUUGCUCGUUUACAGAUGUCGAUAAAGAGAUAAAGAACCAAAUAAUCGUUGGUUGCUCAUCACAGAAACUUCGAAGAAAGGCUCUACAUGAAGACCCGACCUUAAAGAACCUUUUAGACGCGGGGAGAGCCGAAGAAACGAGUCAAAUACAAGCGCAAUUCAUGGAGAAACAAGAGUCAAGUCAAAAUAUCAACGCCAUUAAGACGGGCGCUCUCGAGAAACAUAACCCCUCGCCUCGCGACAUGAGAAAACCACAAAAUCAACGUCACAGCUCAAAUUAUCAAAGAAAUUUCAACAAACCCCACACAUCAACUUGCCGCAACUGUGGUUAUACCUGGCAAGGUUUAGGAUUCAAUUUUUGCUGUAGUGUUUCUGUAUUGUGCUACAAAACACAACAGAUUAAGUAUAUGAAGGGUAUAUUGUAUGUGUAUGUACAUAGCUAA